AUGGGCCAGAUUGGGAAGGGCGGUACGAGGGUGAGACUUGGCGUUGGUGUUUUGGAACAUCAAAGAUGGACAGGGUUUUCGCGGAGGUCGCUCCUCGGAUAUCUCCACAACUACAGGUCGGGGGUCUUCCAAAAUCGAGAAGAUUGGUGCAUAUGGCUAGGUCACUUCACCUUACAAUUUGUAUGGCACUCUGGCCCGGGGUUGUGGUGUGGUAGGGGAGAACGGGGGAUAAUCCCACACAGGAGCUUCGAACAACGUCCGGUUCACGUUUGGCUGGAUAACUCCACCACCACACGGGGUAUGCGGUCGGCGAUGGGGUCAAAAUGCUCGUAUGAUCGAGGGCUUUUCGAUGGAUCUAUCGGCGGGUUCUUAUUCGAAAAAUCGAGCGAGUUCGUGGUGGAGCGGUUUGAUGAGUCGACAGCUAUGUGUGAAUUAUGUCUUUGA